AUGACUCAAAUACAAACAUUUUUGAUGAUGUACCGCAACACUCCACACUCGACAACACUACAGGCUCCGGCAAAAUUGCUGUUAGGACGGAAUAUCAGAACACAAUUCGACGCACUGAUACCCAGUAGCGUCGACGUAGUUAACGGGCGCCAAACAGCGCAAAUCAAACACCACGGUAAACGUCAACACGAGCUAAAAAUAGGGGAUACGGUGGUGGUGCGCGACUACCGUAACAACGACCAAAAAAGGUCAAAAGGUACAGUAACAAAGUCACUAAGCAAAAAUGUCAUUGAGGUCGAUACGGAAGAGGGUAUUUGGAAAAGACACUUAGACCAAACAUAA